AACAUGCCAGGACUGGUCCAGCAGGAAAUCCCGUCACCCAUUUCACCGACUAUGUCUGAGGGACCACCCCUGUCACCCACCGACAAGAAACGAAACAAGCUGGGAUAUCAUCGUACCGCUGUCGCGUGUGGUCACUGUCGGCGAAGGAAAAUUCGAUGUAUACCAGCAUUUGACGACAACAGUGGUCGAUGUCAAAAUUGUAUACGUUUGAAAAAAGAUUGCCAGUUCUUUCCGGUCGACCAGCAGACUCCUCCAUCUGGCGCAAAGCGACUUCGCAAACCAAACGAAGGGUUUCUCAACGAAAGUGAAGCAUCUGUCUCCUCGUCCCCAGCAGGUGGCAUUCUCAGGAGCAGCUCCUUUGACCGCCUUGAUCAAUCAGAAGACCCUUUGGACACUCCACCGUUGUCCAGAGGUAGUCCCGGAUUUCAAUACCAACAAAUUGCUCGCUCGUUUUCUGGCCAUGCCAUCGAUUACCCCCAUUCGUAUGACGUUGGUCAUCCUCAACAAGUCUCCCAGGCCGAGUACCUGACCUCACCGUAUUCCAACCAGUCCAUUCGGAGUUACGGCAUGGAGCAGACAAACUCACAGUAUUUCAGCCAGUAUGCGACGCCUACACAAGGCCAAUACCCCGCUGCGUUUUCUCCUGCGUCACUAUCAUCGAGCGGUCCAGCACUUUCUCAAGAAAGCUCCUAUCCAUACCCUUCAACGGCUCCAAAUGGCUAUCAGUGGGGCCAGGGCCAAUCUCUCCCACAUCAAACCUCGAGGUCCUUGUCGAUCGGGGAAUCAGAAGGUAGCCAGGGUUUCGCUCCUGCCUACCGAACACACACAUAUCCGUCUCUUGACAGACGAAGCGUGAGUGACAUGCAGCAUCAUUCAUCUACCGUCCCAACCUUUCACCGAAUGAGCACUGAGGGACAAGUGGCACCGAUGGCCGCACCGUAUCGAGAUCCUGCCUCUUAUCAAUCGAUGCAGGGUUGGCACAACCCGGGGAUGAGCGAUCCGGGCCAGGGUAUUGGCAUCUAUCAGCCACAAUGGUAUUCCCAACAAGGUCUAGGCGAUCUGCGAGAAGAGGAGGACAUGUCGGCGUUGAUGUCUGCCCAGGGAAGACGCCCACACGGCCAACACAAACCAGGAUAACGUGCGUGGCAGAAGCAUG